GUAAGUAUACCUACUGAAUCAUCUCAUACCUCUAAUUCGGAAUAUAUGAUAAGUAAGGAUAACAAAUCUUUACUGGAGACUAAAGUAAGUGUAUCAUCCAAUCCAGCUCAUAGCCAUGCUUAUUUCUGUAAUAAAACAUUGGAUCA